GUAGGCAUCUGUAGGGUAAUAUCUUUUCCUUAAGUACUGUCAGUUUUAUUAAUAUUAAUAGGUAUGCUGAUUUACUCUUUAAAAUAUGUGAUCUGUUAAGUUUUUUUUACAUGGGUGGCAGUCAUAUCUCCAGGUAAAACUUGUAAGUUUUAUGUUAUUUGUGUGAUAAUGUAUAAGCAGAACUAUUUGCAUUGUCCCCUCUAUUUUAAUUAAUUAGGAAAAUGGUUAGCGUAUCUAUGAGAGAAGUCUUAUUCCAGUUGGAAUAUUUUGUAGGAACUGGAAUGUUGCGGGGAUAGUAUGUGAUAGUAAUACUUCCUUUUUUUAAUUUUCAGCUGUGUGACAAGGUUACUUGGUAUCAAACUCAGUUGAAAACUGGACUUAUUGCAAAGCAAUGGUUCGCUUAACAUUGGAUCUCAUUGCUAAAAGCUUCAGUCAAAAGAAUCGCAGAGAUGACUCCUUGGCCCAGCACCUAAGGAAAAUAACUCAUCUCAAACUAUCUAAUAAAAAUAUAGAUGUCAUUGAUGACCUAUCUUUGUGUAAAAACCUUAAUGUUCUUUAUUUAUAUGAUAACCAAAUAAGGCAGAUCCAUAACUUGGACUUUGCUACAAACCUAAGACACCUGUACCUGCAAAACAAUUGCAUUACACGAAUUGAAAAUCUAACAUCAUUAAUAAAACUUGAAAAAUUGUAUCUGGGUGGAAAUUACAUCACUGUAGUGGAAGGCUUAGAAAAUUUAGAAGAACUGAGAGAGGUACAUGUUGAAAGCCAGCAGCUUCCCCUAGGAGAAAAGCUCUUGUUUGACCCAAGAAGUCUUCAUUCACUAGCAUCUUUAUCAGUUUUGAAUAUCAGCAAUAAUAAUAUUGAUGAACUCAGAGAAUUGGCUGUUUUGAAAAACAUCUCCCAUCUCAUAGCUGUGGACAACCAACUUCACAGUGUGAAGGACAUGGAGUUUGUUCUAAGCGUGUGGACCCAGCUAUGCAAAAUAGAGUUGAAUGGGAAUCCUGUUUGCCACAAACCAAAAUACCGGGACAGGCUGAUACUACAGUCGAAAAGUCUUGAAUCCCUUGAUGGCAAAGAAAUAAAGGAAAUGGAAAGACAAUUCCUAAUGAAUUGGAAAGCCUCCAGAGAUGCCAGAAAGAAGAACAGAGCAGAAAGCACAACCAGUGAGCAUGUACCACAUACACAUUUGGACAAUAAUGACACAGAUCAUCCCCAUUUCCCUAUUUAUUACUUCCCAUUGGCCAAAGAAAAACCAAAUUUUGCUAUUUUGUCGGAGGCUCAUAGAUCUCCUCACAGUAGAGAGUCCCAGUCAGCAGCCCAUGAAGAAAAUAAAGUAACUAAAAAAGUCAGCCAUUUAGCCUUGAACAGUCCUCAGAAGUCACGUAAAGAAUUGCAUGAACCUCAUCUUCUUAGCUAAAUGCCUUGGUAAACAGACACUGGAAGGACAUCUUAUUGGAUCAUCCAAGAAAGCUACACAGUAGAAAAAAACUGAAUUCAGUUGGGAAAGGUUCAUGUUUUAACUCAGGGAAUAUGAAAUGCAAUUUCAAACAAUUUUCACAAUACAAACGUUAAGAUUUUAUUUUUUGUAUAGU